AUGAGAGGAUUCUUUAGCCGGAAAGAGGCUGCUUCCCCGGCGGCGUCAGUCCACGAGCCUGAGUCGCAUAUGCAGCGCAACAGGUCGUUUGCUACAAUUUCUGCGAGUUCCGUCGACUCGCAGCCUCACAGAUCUGGUCAUCACACGCCGUACAACGCCCACUAUGAUGAUGAGUUUCGGUUCAAAACGAUGGUCACGUACCUACAUAAUAGGGCAGCCGCAAGUGGUUGGAUCCCACCCGAUUCGAUGAGAUGCCACGACGACUGCUUCGGUGUUCUUCUGCGACGAUCUCGUGGAAAUUACAUCACUGCACCUCAUCCUCUAAGUCACAUACUUCUUGGGGCGGUUAUCAGACUCAAUCUUAAUGUAGCGAUUACAAUGCGACCGCAGAUGCUGGACGGAAUUCUCGCUUCAUUGAACCCCGGGCAGACGGACUUGAAGUUCAAGGACGGCUCUCAGAUACAAGUUCUCGACUCUUUGACUUUUGCGCAGCCCGCGACUGUGAAGAAGUUUCAGUAUGCGUGUGUGUUUAGGCAAGAGCGUCUGAUUCUUGUUUGGCAUGAUGAUUUGGUGAACAUUGUGCCUCAAGCGACACAUAUCGAAGAAAAGCUGCUUACUCUGGUCUGGGGAGAAGGACGACUGCCUUUCAAUAUCCUACAGAUGCCAAGUCGAGCUCCGUCGAUCAUGUACGGCUCCGGCAUUUCCAGUCCAAACGGAACAGCAACCCCAGCUCUUGGCACGACUACUCCUGGACUCCUGAGCCACGGGAACAGCAGUGAAGAUGUUUUGGAGAAGAAUGCCGCCGAUAUGGAGAGACCGGAAUCUGUAGCUCGACCCGUCGCCCGCUCAUCUGCCGUAUUCAUCGGAUGCGCAAUGUGUCUAUCCAUCUGUCUACUAUGCGGCAUCUAUCUAGGCAAACUGAUCAGCGAGUGUAUCCUCGCCAACGACUGGACCCGAAUGGCUCUCGUCAUCCCCAUCCCACUGCUCAUGUGUGUCUCCCUAUUCUUCUUCCAAGUCAUCUUCACCAACAUCUUCCAAAUGAUCGGUCCCAUCGGCGGUGUGCACACCAACUCACGCUACUUUUCCGCGCACAAGCCGUGCCUGAAGCGAGCAUACGCCGACGGCUUCGUGCCCCCCAAAAUCACCAUCCAAAUGCCCGUGUACAAGGAAGGCAUGGACUCGGUCAUCAUCCCUACCGUGCGCAGUCUCCAGUCCGCCAUGUCGUACUACGAAUCGCACGGCGGGUCGGCCAACAUAUUCAUCAAUGACGACGGUCUGCGCGCCGGCUUGACGGAUGAGGAGGUGCAGCAGCGGAAGAACUUUUACCUGGAUAAUAGGAUCGGGUGGGUUGCUCGACCGAAGCAUAACGGGGAGGAAGGGUUCGUGCGCAAGGGCAAGUUCAAGAAGGCGUCGAAUAUGAACUUUGCGCUGAAUAUUUCGCAAAAGGUCGAGACGUAUAUGCAGGAGUUUGCGGAUGCGAGAUUGUCGGAGAAGCAGAGCGAUCUUGUUACCGAGGAAGAGGAGGAGGAGAUGUAUCAGACGGCGUUGGCGAGGGUUCUGGAGGAGAAUCCGCUUGCGUGUGCGGAUGGGGAUAUCCGUGUUGGAGAGGUGAUUCUCAUUGUUGACUGCGAUACGAGAGUGCCGGAAGAUUGUCUUCUUUAUGGCGCUGCGGAGAUGUUUCUGUCUCCGGAGGCGGCUAUUGUGCAACACUCUACGGGUGUGAUGCAGAUUACGCACGAUUACUUUGAGAAUGGGAUUACUUACUUCACCAACUUGAUCUACUCGUCUAUCCGUUUCUCCAUUGGGUCUGGUGAAGUGGCUCCUUUUGUUGGGCACAAUGCCUUUCUCCGAUGGCAAGCUGUUCAAGAUGUUGGAGUCCGUGAUGAAGACGGCUACGUCCCAUACUGGUCGGAGAGCCACGUCUCCGAAGACUUUGAUAUUGCCCUCCGUCUCCAGAUGAAGGGCAACGUCAUCCGCGUCGCCGACUACCACGACAACGAGUUCAAAGAAGGCGUAUCACUCACCAUCUACGACGAAAUCAACCGCUGGCAAAAAUACGCCUACGGGGUCAACGAAAUGAUAUUCCACCCCUUCCACCGCUGGAUCUACAAAGGCCCCUUCACGCCCCUCUUCUACACCUACAUCACAUCCAACAUUAUGCUUUCUUCCAAAAUCUCCAUCCUCGCGUACAUGUGCUCUUACUACGCUCUCGGCUCGGCAUUAUUCCUCACCACGCUGAACUACUUCAUCGUCGGCUGGUUCCGCGACGACUUGGCCUCAUGCUACCUCACAUCGUGGAACGUGUUCCUCUCGCUGGUUGUCGUGUUUAACGCGUCUGGACCUAUUGCGCUGGCGAUUGUGCGGUAUCGCAGCGGCGAGAAGUCCCUUCUUAGAGCGCUGAUCGAAAACUUCAAGUGGAUGCCUAUGAUGACGGUCUUCUUUGGAGGUAUUUCGUACCACAUCUCGAAUGCUCUGCUGGCGCACUUGUUCCAUGUGGACAUGGAGUGGGGUUCGACGUCCAAGGAGAAGGAGGAUAGCAACUUCUUCCAGGAGAUGCCGCGAAUUUUCAAAACGUUCAAGUACAUGUAUCUUAUUAUUACGUUGCUUGUCGGGGGGAUGGUUUACUUGGGGGCUUUUGCGCCGCCGGACUGGGCUAUUACUGACUUUUCGGUCAUUGUGCCGCUGGCUGUGAAUUUGGGAUUUCAUGCGUUGGUGCCUCUUGUUUUGAAUCCUAGCUUGAUGGUGUUUAACUACUAA